UUAAUCAAUCAUUUUGCAGGGUACUUGUUCAUAUGAGAUUUCUCAGACAUGUGGGAAUGUCUCUGACAAUGGUCUACAAUUCAGAGUGGUGGCAUCCAACAUGCAUCGUGGGAGCACAGUUGUGUCCUUUGUCUCUGUAGUAGAUUUGUGGCUAACUAAACAACAGGAGCAAACACAAAUUACAAUCGGACAAAACAGGAAAAUAAAGGUUAAUGGGAAUGCAGUGAAUUCAUCUACUUAUCAAAUCAGUAACCUUGCAGAAAUAUAUCAGGAGCAGAAUUUUAUAGUUGUGAAUGCAUCGCAUGAUCUCAUGGUCUACUUUGAUGGUCAGUUUACACUAUUGGUGAGAUUGGGCCCAAGCUUCCAUGGGUCUGUGUGUGGGAUGUGUGGUAACAAUAAUGGAGAUCCUACAGAUGACAAGACCCGACCGAAUGGAGAAGUUGCACAGAAUGAUAUUGCUUUUGGCAACAGUUGGAAAUCAAACACCAGUGGCACAGGAUGUGGUGCUAGUGACCAGCCUGUUAAUGAUAGUGACUGCCCCUUCAGAGAGGAGUACUCUGCACUCUGUAACAUCAUCACCAACACCAGUGGACCAUUCCAACAUUGCCAUUUCCGUAUCAGCCCUGAAUCUUACUUCAGUUCCUGUGUGUAUGACUUAUGUGCUUACCCACAGUCAUUGGGACAAGACUUGCUGUGUUCAGCUGUGCAGGCUUAUGAUGCUGCUUGCACUAUGCUGGAGCUCAUGAUCCCAAACUGGCGCUCUGAUCUGUCUUGCUCUAGAAUUGACCCCUGUGAAGAUCUACACUGUACUGAGGAUGAGUGGUGUGGGGAGAAAGAUGGCAAAUAUGGUUGCUUCUGUAACGAAAAUUAUCCCAGACAAAAUCCUGAUAGUUAUGACUCUAUUGAAAUAUGUGAGAGCAGCUCUGGCAACAUGUCUCUGUCACGCUGUCAGCUGUUUGAAGCUGGUUUUCUUGCUAACAACCUCCAUUUACAUGACCCCAACUGCAAUGGAACAAUCCAAGAUGGCAGACUGAUGUUUCACUUUGAUAAUGAUGACCACAUCUGUGGUACAAAUCUCACGGCCAAUGGUACCCAUUUCAUUUAUGAGAACAUAAUCCAAGGAGAGAUGGACUUAACAACAGGUUCUAUACACAGAAACAAAACACUAGAACUUAGCUUCUCCUGCAUCUACAAGCUCAGCGAGUCAUUUAGCAUGGACAGAGAGAUAAAUCCUAUUCAAAGCAUCGUGCACAAGACUCUUCCAGGUAAAGAGGGAAUGUACCAGAUCAAGAUGAUUCCCUAUGAGGAUUCUGGCUUCUCCCACCCUUACAAUGGCAGGGUAAAUAUAGAGGUGGGAGAGCAAAUCUACAUAGGCGUCUUUGUUCAAGGAGUGGACAGCCGUCAGCUUGCCACGGUGAUAGAUUCUUGUUGGGCUACACCAGUAAAUCAGAGGAACUAUACUGUUCGCUGGGACCUUAUUACAGGAAAGUGUCCUAAUCCAAACGAUGACACGGUGAAGAUUCUAGAGAAUGGAGUCUCUACAACUGGACGAUUCUCCUUUAAGAUGUUUGCUUUUAAUGAUGAUGAAUCUAGGGUUUUCCUUCACUGCAGCAUUCACCUUUGUCUUCUAAGAAAUCAUAACUGUGCAAUGCGUUGUUUCCCUGGAUAUCACCACCGCUCAGGCAGGUCUUUGGCCACCCAUGAUAGUGCCUCAAUCUCCGUGGGGCCUUUUAUCCGGACCACCCAAAAAAGAGAUGUUUAGGACCAGAUGUGAGGAAAUGAAAAAGUCUUUUACUGGAUUUUCUGAACAUCCAGAUCAUUAUGCUGUGUUUCUAUGACUUCUGAAUCAUAAAGCAAUAUUAAUCAUUAAUUAUCCUAUUAGUAAAUCAAUUAAAUGAUGUAUUUAUAUAUAUCUCAUGAUUAACUAUAAUAAUUCUGCACAAAUCCUGAAAAUGUUUCAGGUUUGUUUUAAAAUUUUAAUAAACUUCUGUCUGUAUGCAUUA